CCAAAGGUAGCUAGGAGAAGGUAGCUGAUGUUCAUGGUUUCUGCUGCCCAGGAUUUGUCACUGGCGAUCCCACAUCUUACAGAAAACAUCAGGCAGAGGUGUCCCUCAUCUGGGCCCUGGCUAGAAACUGCCCUGGAAUGAGGACGAGUGGCCAUGGACCUGGGCACUGGACCCUCGCUCUCUUUAUCUGAGCCUGAGGAGAGGUGCACACACCCCCAAGGACCCAGGCACCCAACCUCUGCCAGAUGUGGGGGGGUGGCUACCCAGAGGCAUGCUCCUCACCCAGCUCCACUGUCCCUACCUGCUGCUGCUGCUGGUGGUGCUGUCAUGUCUGAGCUGGUCUGCAACAGAACUUUCGACAAGUACUCCUGCUGGCCUGACACCCCUCCCAACACCACUGCCAACAUUUCCUGCCCCUGGUACCUACCUUGGUACCACAAAGUGCAGCACCGCCUAGUGUUCAAGAGGUGUGGGCCUGAUGGGCAGUGGGUUCGAGGGCCACGGGGGCAGUCAUGGCGCGACGCCUCCCAAUGUCAGAUGGAUGAUGACGAGAUCGAGGUCCAGAAGGGGGUAGCCAAGAUGUAUAGCAGCUACCAGGUGAUGUACACUGUGGGCUACAGUCUGUCCCUGGGGGCCUUGCUCCUGGCGCUGGUCAUCCUGCUGGGCCUCAGGAAGCUGCACUGCACCCGGAACUACAUCCACGGGAACCUGUUCGCGUCCUUCGUGCUCAAGGCUGGCUCUGUGCUGGUCAUUGAUUGGCUGCUCAAGACACGCUAUAGCCAGAAGAUUGGAGAUGACCUCAGUGUGAGCGUCUGGCUCAGUGAUGGGGCGGUGGCUGGCUGCAGAGUGGCCACAGUGAUCAUGCAGUACGGCAUCAUAGCCAACUACUGCUGGUUGCUGGUGGAGGGUGUGUACCUGUACAGCCUGCUGAGCAUCACCACCUUCUCGGAGAAGAGCUUCUUCUCCCUCUAUCUGUGCAUCGGCUGGGGAUCUCCCCUGCUGUUUGUCAUCCCCUGGGUGGUGGUCAAGUGUCUGUUUGAGAAUGUCCAGUGCUGGACCAGCAAUGACAAUAUGGGAUUCUGGUGGAUCCUGCGUAUCCCUGUACUCCUGGCCAUACUGAUCAAUUUUUUCAUCUUUGUCCGCAUCAUUCAUCUUCUUGUGGCCAAGCUGCGUGCCCAUCAGAUGCACUAUGCUGAUUACAAGUUCCGGCUAGCCAGGUCCACGCUGACCCUCAUUCCUCUGCUGGGAGUCCACGAAGUGGUCUUUGCCUUUGUGACUGAUGAGCAUGCCCAGGGCACCCUGCGCUCCACCAAGCUCUUUUUUGACCUGUUCUUCAGCUCCUUCCAGGGUCUGCUGGUGGCUGUUCUCUACUGUUUCCUCAACAAGGAGUUGCAUGCGUCGGAUGUCAGGUCCCCUAGGUCCUCAGGGAGCAGGGUUAUGAGAUGGUCCCCGCCUUUCCUGGUGACAAGUGGCCCUGCUGAACCCAAUGUAAAACUUGCCUUGCUUUGGGUCUGCUUAGAUUGAGGCUAGGCACCUCAGAGUGGCCCAGUCAGGAUCCUAACGAGGUGGGUUGGCAGAGAAGCCCUACCCCUGGCUCCUCUAGGUGCAGGCAGAGCUACUGCGGCGUUGGAGGCGAUGGCAAGAAGGCAAAGCUCUUCAGGAGGAAAGGAUGGCCAGCAGCCAUGGCAGCCACAUGGCCCCAGCAGGGACUUGUCAUGGUGAUCCCUGUGAGAAACUUCAGCUUAUGAGUGCAGGCAGCAGCAGUGGGACUGGCUGUGAGCCCUCUGCGAAGACCUCAUUGGCCAGUAGUCUCCCAAGGCUGGCUGACAGCCCCACCUGAAUCUCCACUGGACUCCAGCCAAGUUGGAUUCAGAAAGGGCCUCACAAGACAACCCAGAAACAGAUGCCUGGCCAAGGCUGAAGAGGCAAAGCAGCAAGACAGCAGCUUGUACUAUCCACACUC